AAGAUGAAAACAGUGCAGUCUGAGUGACUGGAGAUACAGCAGUCUGUUUUAGCUGCAGUGUUAUGUAGGACUGUCUUCAGACUUCUUACCUUUGGUUUUUCAGCACAAACUGCUUGCAGGUUUUGGAAGGCUGUGAAAGGACUUACCAUUUGUGUAUUAGUGUUUUCUGUGUAUCAUCAUAUUACCUUGCUUUUCCCUGGACAGCUGUGUUCAGAGCUUCAUGUGGAAAUCUUUCUGUUGAAGAGAGAUAAAAAGGAUCCUUAAUCUGAUUCUGUUUGGAUCUUUCUAUUUUUAUGGUAUAAGUUUAUCUAUUCAUGGGGCUGAAAAGCGUGUGCAAAUCUGCCAGAGGAGAACUGCAGAAAGCUACCCAGUGUCACAACGUCUGCCCGUGGUUGGGCAUCCUUCACUCCCACAAGUCAGAAGGUCAAUAAAAAUGGAAGCUUCAUCUUCUGGAUCUAGUAUUUCAGCCGUCACUGGUGGAAAAGCAAAAACCCAUCAGCCAGAAGGAAGAAAGGAUUUGCAGGUUAACCGGCUGGAAACGCAAAUAUGGAUAAAACCAGACAUACAGAAGACAGAUGUGGACUUUUCAGAAAUUCUUAAUGCAAUACAAGAAAUAGCUAAGGAUGUCAACAUUUUUUUUGAUGAGUUAGAAGGUGUGAACAGCCCUUCCAAAGAUGAUGACUCCCUGCUUCAUCAUGGUAACUUGACCAGUACUUCUGAUGAUGCCAGCAGGUUGGAAGUUGUGGGAGAGGAGGUACCUGAUAAGAACAAGACCAAUGGACUGUAUUUUAGAGAUGGGAAAUGUCGGAUUGACUACAUCCUGGUGUAUAGAAAGUCCAAUCCACAGACAGAAAAGAGGGAAGUAUUUGAGAGAAAUAUCAGAGCAGAAGGGCUUCAAAUGGAAAAAGAGUCAUCUCUAACAAACAGUGACAUCAUCUUUGUGAAGUUGCAUGCCCCUUGGGAGGUCCUGGGCAAAUAUGCUGAACUAAUGAAUGUAAGAAUGCCUUUCAGGCCCUUUAACCCCUUCAAUGCUGGAGCCCCCUGCAUACUUGUGCGCUGCUGUUUUUUAAAUGGACAUUUCAUUGAAAUCAAUGGGAGGUCAAGAAGAUCCAGGAGAAAAAUCUAUUACCUGCACCGCCGAUACAAGUUCAUGAAUAGGAUCGAGAAACAAAUAAGCAGGUUUCGAGGAUGGUUACCUAGAAAGCCAAUGAAACUGGACAAGGAGACAUUACCAGAUCUGGAGGAGAAUGACUGCUAUACUGCUCCAUUCAGCCAACAAAGGAUCCAUCACUUCAUCAUACACAACAAAGAUACUUUCUUCAAUAAUGCUACAAGAAGUAGAAUUGUACACCAUAUCCUACAAAGAAUGAAAUACGAAGAAGGGAAGAAUAAAAUUGGUCUGAAUCGAUUGCUCAGUAAUGGCUCCUAUGAAGCUGCAUUUCCUCUUCAUGAGGGAAGUUACAGAAGUAAGAAUUCAAUAAGAACACAUGGGGCAGAAAACCACAGACACCUGCUCUACGAGUGCUGGGCUUCCUGGGGAGUAUGGUAUAAAUACCAACCACUGGACCUUGUUAGACGGUACUUUGGUGAGAAAAUUGGGCUGUACUUUGCCUGGUUAGGCUGGUACACAGGGAUGCUCUUCCCAGCUGCCUUCAUUGGAUUGUUUGUCUUUUUGUAUGGAGUCACCACUUUGAACCACUGCCAAGUCAGUAAAGAAGUCUGCCAAGCUACAGAUAUCAUAAUGUGUCCUAUAUGUGAUAAAUACUGUCCCUUCAUGAGGCUGUCAGACAGCUGCGUUUAUGCCAAGGUAACCCACCUUUUUGACAAUGGAGCUACUGUCUUUUUUGCUGUUUUCAUGGCAGUGUGGGCAACUGUUUUUCUGGAGUUUUGGAAAAGAAGGCGAGCAGUAAUUGCUUAUGACUGGGACUUGAUAGACUGGGAAGAAGAAGAGGAGGAAAUACGUCCGCAGUUUGAAGCAAAGUACUCCAAGAAAGAACGAAUGAACCCCAUAUCCGGGAAGCCAGAGCCUUAUCAAGCAUUUGCAGAUAAAUGCAGCAGACUCAUUGUUUCUGCAUCUGGAAUAUUUUUUAUGAUCUGUGUGGUGAUUGCUGCUGUUUUUGGCAUUGUUAUUUACCGAGUUGUGACUGUCAGCACUUUUGCUGCCUUUAAGUGGGCUUUAAUCAGGAAUAACUCUCAGGUUGCAACUACAGGGACUGCAGUGUGCAUCAACUUUUGCAUCAUCAUGCUACUGAAUGUGCUCUAUGAAAAGGUUGCUCUUUUCCUGACAAAUUUAGAGCAGCCUCGUACCGAAUCCGAGUGGGAGAACAGCUUCACUCUGAAAAUGUUUCUGUUUCAGUUUGUCAAUCUGAACAGCUCUACCUUUUAUAUAGCAUUCUUCCUUGGAAGAUUUACAGGACACCCUGGUGCCUACCUAAGGCUGAUAAACCGGUGGAGACUGGAAGAGUGCCACCCCAGCGGAUGCCUUAUUGAUCUCUGUAUGCAAAUGGGUAUUAUAAUGGUGUUAAAACAGACCUGGAAUAAUUUCAUGGAACUGGGCUACCCGCUAAUUCAAAACUGGUGGACCAGGAGAAAACUACGACAAGAGUAUGGCACACAACGAAAAACAAGCUUCCCACAGUGGGAAAAGGACUACAAUCUGCAACCUAUGAAUGCUUAUGGACUCUUUGAUGAGUAUCUAGAAAUGAUUCUUCAGUUUGGGUUCACAACCAUUUUUGUGGCAGCUUUUCCACUGGCACCACUUCUGGCCUUACUUAACAAUAUUAUUGAAAUUCGGCUUGAUGCAUACAAAUUUGUCACCCAGUGGAGAAGACCUUUAGCUUCCAGAGCCAAAGAUAUAGGAAUCUGGUAUGGGAUCCUAGAAGGCAUUGGAAUUCUUUCUGUUAUCACAAAUGCAUUUGUUAUAGCUGUGACAUCAGAUUUCAUCCCUCGCCUUGUUUAUGCUUACAAAUAUGGACCUUGUGCUGGCCAAGGAGAAGCUGGACAAAAGUGUAUGGUUGGAUAUGUUAAUGCCAGUUUAUCAGUAUUUCUGGUGUCUGACUUUGAAAACCGUUCAGAGCCAACAUCAAAUGGAAGUGAAUUCUCUGGUUCACCAUUAAAAUAUUGCAGGUACAGGGACUACCGAGAUCCUCCUCACUCCCCAGUACCCUAUGGUUACACGCUGCAGUUCUGGCAUGUCUUAGCAGCGCGGCUGGCUUUCAUUAUUGUAUUUGAGCACCUUGUCUUUUGCAUAAAGCACCUGAUUUCCUACUUAAUCCCAGAUCUCCCAAAAGAUCUGAGAGAUCGGAUGAGGAGAGAAAAGUACCUGAUUCAGGAAAUGAUGUAUGAAGCUGAACUAGAACGUCUGCAGAAAGAGCGGAAGGAAAGGAAGAAGAAUGGAAGAUCUUAUCACAAUGAAUGGCCAUGAUGGGGUGAGGAAGAAUCUGCUUAAAUGAAGAUAGGAAUUAUGUUUAUAAAAAAUUCCUGGUUUUCUACAAUGGAGAGUGCACUGAAAGGAAUAGUCAGUCAAUGUUGUGUGCACUUAGCACAUGUGCCCCCGUGUUUAAUAGUGUGCAUAUUGUCAUAAGCUUUUUGAAACUAGAGGUCUUUCAAGGCUUAGUCUUCUCCAGAGCUAACGUCAGCAUGAGCAGAUCAGAGCAAUGCUUAAGACUCUGCUCUCUUCCCAGGAAGCUCCCAGGCACUGACUUAAAUUCAAGGCCCUGAACUGCGAAGCAGUUAUAUAUCUUACAGUGCUUUACUGUACAGAGUGAUCUUAUGGCUCGUUCCCAUGACCAAGUUGCCACUCCAUAACCAGUGACGGCAUGUUGGCAGCAUGGCAGUAGUUGUCUGUGUGUGGCUACCACCUGCAGCACAUGCAUGGCAACGUUGCCCUCUUCCAGCGUGGAUUAAGCUGUGUUAGCUUGCAUUUACCACGGAUUAAGGUCACAUUUGUGGACCACUUCCAUUACUCCAACAAUACUGAAGUAUUUUUUAGGAGGAGAUGUUUGAUCAUGAGUCUAAUCAACUGGUCUAACGAUGCUGAAAAAUGUAGGUGUGCAGAAGUGCGGACAGAUAGACAAGCAUCUAAAUGUGGCCAGGGGUAUCUAACUGUAGGGUCAUUUAUUUAGAAAUGAUACUGUGAAAAGUUGGUAAUUUGCUCUAAAGAUUUGAACAGUGCCUUUUCAGCUAUAGGACUGUCUGGUCUCUGAAGGAAACAAAUCAGGCUAGGGCAUCUUGCCCAGAACUGCCUGUGAAUUUGUAUUGCAAGAUCACAUUGAGGCCUCAUCAGGAAUUAGGCUGUACAAUACAUGUAACAGAAGACAGACUGUGUCUUAAAGACCUAUCUAUGUAAGUAAAACAAAAGAACAGAUGAACAAGGUCAGCAGAGCAAAAGAACACAGUCAUCCAGAAUCUCUACACUUGUAACAUUUUCUUUUCAUUCUUUCAUUAUCUGUGAAGGGGUGGAGGGGAAGCAUAAAACAACAGACUGUAGUAUGAAAUAGGUUGAAAUCCUUUAUGCAGAGCAAUUCUACACAAGCUAGAGAAUUAGAUUUGGGUGAAAUGGGCCACUGUCUACAUCCUUUUGCAAAUUCUUUAGCAUUAAUAAAUUUAAAAUUUCCCAGAUAAUUAACACAAAAUAGUGGAGUUGUAGGUCUGAAGACUGCAGAAGCGUUGGAUGGAGCAACAUGAAUCAGAAUGCUGAGUAUUGUGAAAUCUCUACCACCUCUUGCCUCAACGUGAUAACACUCCAAUUCUUGCAGAACAUGCAGUGGCAUAAUCAGCCACAAGGUGAAGAAGGAUGUUCAAAAGCCAAGACUGUAAGAAGCCAAGUGGAAGUAAGCCUAUGUCCUGGUGAGGACAGAGCUAGAUACAAAACACUGGAGCUGAUCUAUUUGCUUAGCCCUUUUCCAAAUAACUGGAGCUCCAUAAAAAUUAGUUCUCUCAGAAAACUUAAGGAAUUGUGACCUUGUUAGUUUGGAGAUAUUUAAGAAGGAGGAAAAAUCAGCAAGUUGUUUCUACAAGUUCUCCUGGAAAUCAUUCAAUAGAAGGGCUCGAAUUUGCCCUUCUGGACAGACCACACAAUGCAAGACCGUAUGGAUGGAUGCCUCAAGCUCCACGAGACAUCAGGACCAUUUGCACCAGGACCCCAUAUUGCCAAAUCAGAUCUUUUAACUUCUUUCCACUUCAGCGGAGAACUGUGUUACUUCCGUGCAGGGGGAAGGUUUUAAUGAAAGGUAAUAUGGCCUGAGGAAGGAGAGGGGUGGAAGAAAAUGUAUGUACCCUCUCCUCUGUACCCUCUGCUUGCCUACACUUCGCUUCCUCAUGGCAAGGAACCUCCUCCAGUAGUAACCCAUCAUCCUACAUGAAGAAGAUAAAUGGCACAGCAGCUCCCACUUAUCAGGUGCUCCUGGCCCAAGCCAGGAGGUCCCAUAAGGCAACAUAAGCACUGAAGGAAUUUCAGGAUUAAACUGUUCUCUGUUGACUCAGUGCCAAACUGAGUGGGGUGUAUUCCUGCCUAAUGAGGGAGUGAACUUGUUCAUCUUUGCUUCAGCUUACAGCAGCUGUGGACACAUCCCUGGUGGGCAGUGGAGAAACGGGGGUAUUUCUGUCUCAGUAAACAGGGGAUGGGGAUCGGGCAAUGUCAUCCUCCGAUGCACAUGUGCCAGAUGGGUUAGUACUUGCCACCCACCACCUACGGGUGUGUACUGCACUUGCAGUCUGGGGACUUGCAGGGAAGGAUUGCUGUGCGAAAUCACAUUCAGACCAAAUUCACAUGAGUGAUUGGGUUAGUUUGCAUACCCUCUCUUAAAUAGCUAAAACAACAGAUGACAAGAGCUUAGAAACUGUUUGCUAAGUAGUAAAGUGAGACAUGAGUCAUGCAUAAAAUCAGUGUCACCCAUACAAGUGUGAUCCUUUGCAAACUCCUGCAGCAAGAUAUAGCUUUGUCAACAUAGAUCUCAGUAACUUCCGAGAACUGAAGUGAAACCUAGUAGAAUAUAAACUGACUUCCUCUUCAGAGGAACGCCGCAAUAUAAUGUGCCAAAACAAAUAAAGUGCAGCAGAGAUACAAUAAAUUAUAAUUGCUUUUGAGAAUAGUUUUCAACAUAGCAACAUAAUGAUGAGUUUUCAUGACCAUACAUUGCUAGAAGUUGUGUCCUGUUCUGCUCUAAAUGAGAACAUGAGUUGGCUGCUUACCAAGCAUGUGCCGAGUGCAGUGCUGAAAGGGGCUCUGCCUUCCCUGGCAGAUCCUGAGUAACAUUUCUGCCACUUGAUGUUGACUCAUCAACCCACCAAGGUUUCUGUGCUGCUAGUGUGCUGUGAAUAGAUUUCCCUUGAGUCUUUCAGAGUUAUAUAACAGAACGCUCAGGAAAGAUGACCCCUUUUUAUUUAUUUCAUUAAUUAGGAAGAUAUAAAUAAUAGGCUAAUAAUAAUAAAUGCCAUUUGAAUGGUCUUUAGAUAGCAAAUUUAUGCCAUUCCCUUUUUUUUGAUCUGAUGAUGGGUUUUGUUUAAACCUCCAGGUGACCAUCCUAUAUGUUGUUUACUUAUUCCAGCUCCACAAGAGCACUACCUUCAAGGGAAUGAGAAAAAAUGCAACCUCAAUGCAUGCCACAGACAUUUUACAUAGCGAGCGGGACAGCACACAUCAAAGGAUUUACUGUGAAAUCAUCUUGCAAUCAGCAUAGGAUUGAUCUCCAUAGACCACUCUUGACAGCAAGCAUGUACUUCAUGAGCAGUUACACGCCAGUUUUUAAAACCAAGGAAAAAAACAAUUGUAUAUUGGGACUGUUUUUCAGCCUGUUUGCUACGUUUUUUGCAUUCUGUCCCAUGCUGGUUUUACAGAUCUUAGACUAAAAAAUGUUAAUGAACAACCUGGAUACUUUAAGAAAAAUCCUAGGUAUAGAACAUCAUCUGCGUUCAAGCCAUCAAAUACUACAACAGAAACCGUGUUUACAAAUCAGUUCUUUUUUAUUUUAAAUCUUUCUGAGGGGAGUUAUGUUAUUUACCAUAUAUAUAAUAUAUAUAUAUAAAGUAUAUAGAGAGAUUGUUUAUUUGUAAAUAAAAAAAUCCUAUGGAGAAGAAUGUCAAGUUUUCACACUUUAAAAAAAAUCAUCAACAUAAAGCCAUGUUUAAUGCUUGUAUAAUGUGACGCAAUAAACUUUAAAAUAAAUUAUGCAUAUGAAAUAUUUGCUGUUUGGGAUUUACAAAUUAUUUUCUGGUUACCUUAUUUGUUCAGCAAGCAAACAGAUCAGUCAGGUGGAAGCAAAUUUAAACGCAGACUGAAAAGGGCUAAAAUCUGUCACUGCUUUCUCUCUGUGGAUCCUUUGUGUAUUCACAUAGUCAAAUAUUGUUCCUGUUGUGUUGUUAGUUCUUUUUUAAAAUAUUCCUUCUUGUUUUGUCUCUUGAUGCUGCCAGGUGCUGUAUGUAAUUUGGACAGUGUGAAGUGCUCCCACUCCCGUGGAAUUAAACGGGUUUGAGCAUCCUGCAUUUCUUUGUCGGGUGAGCUCUUAGCAGAGAUAAAGAAUCAGGGUGCAGGAGUGUGAUGGAGACACCAAGAAAUAUCUUGCUGCUUUUAUACAGACGAGACCCUGGCUGAGAGUCUAGCUAGCAGAAGACAGUAUAUGAUCCCAGAGAAAAUAUUAUUCAAACUCAAUUGAUUGCUUUAAUUAGUGAUGCCAAUUAAAACAAGAAGCAUAUAGAAAAAAAAGUAAAGCAGAAAGAGUCACUUUGUAGCUCUGCAGCAACCAUGGGAGGCUAGUUAGCAAAAAAUGGGGUGAUUUCAGGGAUCAUCUGCAAAGCUCACAGCAAGAUAUUCUCCCCAGUGAAAAUUCAUCUUGAUGUUGUGGACCAAUAGAUAUCACCUGGCCCAAACUUUGACUUCAUACAAAAAUGAGAGUUAAAUGACUGCUCAGUGCUCAAACAGUGACUUCAAGCAAUAAGUGACGAUAAGUUGGUCAUUUACGUGUUUUCCCUGUUUUAAACAACUACGUGAAUUCAAAGCCUCUGUGGUGCCACAUUUUUACACUAUGAUAACUGGGAAGAUUAGUCUUCACUCCACGAGCAAAACAAGUAGAUGUCACAGAUCAUCCGAGACAGCUUAAGGCAGUAUCAGUUAAGUGCAAAUGGUGAUCUCAGCACAGAGUGGUGCAAUGAAGGGCAAGCUGCUGCUGUUUAACACAGCAGUGAUCCAUCAGCCUCCUGAGAAGCCCAUUCAGGUGGGAGUUCAGCAUUUGUGUUGGGAGGGCUGUAGCUGUACCAGCAGGCACACAGCUCAAGGGCUUGCUACAGCCUUCUGUUCUCUCUGUCCACAGAUUACUCUGUGCCAUAAAGCACAGGCACACAGAGGCAUACCAGUCCACUGCAGCACUCUGCAGCAGCAUGGAGGUACCACUACUUAACCUUUUUCAGAUCUGUGGGCUAAAAGUACCUGGUAAGCAAAAAUUAUUAUAUUCCAGUGCUCAAGAACUAUUCUGUAACACAAAAUGCAGUCUCUCUUUCUGUGUCGUGAAGAUAAGGCACAACGCUGAAUGAGCUGCACUUGCCUUCUGAGACUUAAGAAGCAUAACCAGCUCAUUCAGUCAGUGGACUAGUUGUCUCAGAGUGACUAGGAUAGUUCCAGAAUAGAGACCCCUGUCCUGAAUCCCAGAAGACUUUAUUCAGGACGAUAUUUUUUGUCUCAGAUCUUAGAUAUAGGGACACAAGACAUAACUCAUGGAAUCUAUCCCACUCACUCACAGCCCUUCCACGCAGUGGCUUUAGGCACUUAACCUGGUCACAGAGCUGAAGCAGGGGAAUGGGAGGCAAGGGGCUGGCCCUGAACUCUGCUCUGGAUCAUGCAAGACAGGGCUUCAGGAGGCAAAGGGGAAACCUGCCUCCAUCCCACAGUUCUGCACUGGGUUAGCCGAUGGAGACAUGCCCCUGCGGGCAGCCUGUUCAGUGUCUAUCUGGCCUGUACUCCUCUAGUAGAGGUCUGUUUCUUUAAGUCUAUUUUUUCUUCCUAAUGUUUUCUGAUCCUCUCAGUUCAUCUUACACAGUAGAUCAUCAAGUGCCCUCUGUCACAGGGGCACGGAAUAAAUUCAUUCAGAUGCUAAAGGGCCCCAGUCAAGGUAGAUAAACUAGCACUGUGUCAUAUUCCAAGUUACAGCAGCUCAGCACCAGGCACAAAUGCAGCAGACCUUUCAGAAAACAUUUAAGACA